AUGGGUAUUAUAAAAAGGCUUUUGUUAAUAAGUGUUCUAUUUUUGCUGUGGAAUUGUAUAGAAAUAAAAUGUGAAGGUAAAGGAGAAACAGCAAGUAAAUUAAAAGAUGAAAAAAAUAAUAAAAAAAGUAAAAAUCCAUCUGCAAAUUUAAAAAUAGAAAAUGUAAAACUUGGAGAAACAAAAAUUUCUGAAAAUGUACAGGUAGAAAAUUUAAAAAGAGAAGCAAAAGCUUUUAAAAGUUCUAAAAUAGAAAAUUCUAAAGCGGAAGAAGAAAAAUCUACUGAAAAUAAAAAAUUGGAAAAACUUAAAGAGCUUCAAGAAAAUGAUAAAAAAGAUAUCGGUAAAUCAAAAGUAGAGAAAGAAGAUCUCAGUACAACUGAAAAAUUAGAAGAAAAUAAAAAUAGUCCCAAAGAGUCAUUUUUAGAAAAUGACGAUUUAAAUUCAAAUACACAGAAUUCAAAAGAAGAUAUAAAAGAAACAGAAGUUUCUAAGGAAAAUAUAAAACCAAAGGAAAAUUCAAAGGAAGUUGAACAUUCUAUAGUUAAAGAAAUAACACCAAAAAAAGAAGAAAUGGAAGUAGAAAAUAAAAGAGUAAAUGUUGUUGAACAAGGAAAUGAUAACAUACCAAAAAAAGAUAUAGUGAGUAAUAAUGAAAAUAGCAAUUCAGAAAAUGAAUAUAUUGAUUUAACAAGUAAAAAAAUAUAUGAAGAAAUAAAUAAUAAUAAUAAUAAUCAUCCAAAAGGUUCAAAUUUAUAUUUUUUGAAAAUAUUAUCUACUUCAUCAUCUAUAUUUAUGCAACUUAUAUUAUUUCCUACCAUAUUUAAAAUAUUAAAAAGGAAAUCAACUGGAGAAUUAGAUGGAUUACCUUACUUAAUCUUAUUUUAUUCUUCCUUUUUAUGGUUAAUAUAUGGAAUACUAAUAAAUAAUUCAGCAAUAGUUUUUCCAAACUUAGUUGGAUUAUUAUUAGGAAUACUUUAUUCUUUAGUGUAUCAUAAAAAUUGUAAAAAUAUGUGGUUAAAGCAAAAAUUGUAUUCUUAUUAUAAAAUAUGUGGACUCAUAUCUUUUCUUUUAUAUGCUCUUUUAUAUAUUUUAUCAUAUGAACAAUAUCAGACAUUUGUUGGUUUUAUAGCUUCUGUAUCAAGUAUAAUUAAUUUUGGUGCACCUUUAUCAUAUAUUCAGGUUGUCAUAAAAAAAAAAAACUCAUCAUUAAUUCCUUUAGAAAUGACUAUAGGUAGUUUGAUGUGCUCCUUUUUAUGGUUAACUUAUGGAUUUACAUUAAGAGAUGCCUUUUUGAUUAUACCUAAUUUAUGUGGUUUUUUAUUAAGUUUAGUUCAAGUUAUUUUAAUUGUAUUAUAUUCUAACAAAGAACCAUUAAAUUAUGUCGAUAAUGAAUUUAAUUAUAAUGAGGGAAACAAUAAAUUUGUCCCUGAUAAUAUAUUUUUUAAUGAAUUUAACUUAGAAAAUGAACAGAAAGUAGAUGAAGUUCCAACAAGUGUUCGUGAAUCAUUUUUUGACUUUUCUUAUGAUGAAACUUCUCCAUUAACCGGCAACUAUAAUACAAAUGGUAACAAAAAAAAUGUUCAAACAGAAAAUUAUCUUAAUCAUUCAGAAAGUGGGGAACUAAGUACAGCAUUAAAUUUCUAA